UGGCUCACGCUUCUCGAGGUGGUAGCACGAGCGCUGUAGGCAUUCGCUGCCCGAGCAAGUGGCUAACCGGCUGCCGCAUUCUUCCGCAAGAUGGCGUUUGUCAAGGUUCUCAAGAACAAGGCCUACUUCAAGCGUUUCCAGGUCAAGAAGCGCCGCAGGCGUGAAGGCAAGACUGAUUUCCAUGCUCGCUGCAAGAUGGUGCGGCAGGACAAGAACAAGUUCAACAAUAAGAAAUACCGUUUCAUCGUGCGCAUUACUAACAGCAGGGUCAUCUGCCAGGUCGCAUACGCCACCAUCCGUGGUGACAUGAUAGUGGCCGCAGCGAGCAGCCACGAGCUGUCCAAGUACGGAAUUCCAGCUGGCUACAAGAACUAUGCUGCUUGCUACUGCACUGGACUGCUCGCUGCACGCCGUGUGCUCAAGAGCAUGGGGCUUGACGAGACCUUCAAGGGGAAGGAAGAGAUUGAUGGCGAGGAAUACCACGUUGAGGACGAGGAGAACGAGAGGCGGCCACUCAAGUGCAUCCUGGACGUGGGACUGAGGCGCACCUGCGCAGGCGCGCGCAUGUGGGGCGCGUUGAAGGGCGCCGUGGACGGCGGUCUCCACAUUCCCCACAGCACCAAGAAUUUCCCGGGCUACAAGGCACCCGACGAGAAGGGGCAGGACCCAGAGUACGACGCGGAAGCGCACAAGGAUCGCAUCUUCGGCGGGCACGUCAAGGAGUACAUGGAGAUGCUUGCGGAAGAGGAUCCGACGAAGUACGAAGCUCAUUUCGCUAAGUACAUCGAGGCCGACAUUGACGCGGACAAGCUCGAGGACAUGUACAGCGAUGCGCAUGACAAGAUCAAGGAGGACCCUUCCCCAGAGGAGAAGGAGAAGAAGGACGUCAGCCACGAUCACAAGGGCAACAAGGUCACCAGCUCCGACGGCACCGAGCACGUCCGUAGUGUGAAGUUGUCGUUGAAGCAGCGUCGCGAGAAAGUGGCCGCAAAGAUUCAGGCCGCGCAGGCGCGCAUGCUGGCGGCAGAGGACUGAAGAGACGCUGCGAGUUGCCCGCUGGGCUUGCUGACCUGGAGCGCAAACGGUGUUGUUUGAGGGUGGAGAAAGUACCAUCGACGACGCUUCUGGCGGGCCAUUGAUCCGAACAGUCACGUCGGGGUUCUGUGUGGCCGUCUUGGUGGUUUUCUUGGGGGCCGUCUCGGAGGCCAUCUGAUGGACCUAGAGAAGUCGCACUGGGCGAUGCGGCGACUUGCUUGGGUGGUCUCAUAGGUUGCCUCCCAGUCUCCACAUCCUUUUCUCACUGCUUGUAUUCGCCUAGAGGGACGUCCAGGGUAGGAUUCGUGCGAAGACGUCUGGCACGGGCCUAUCGCGCUGGGGCCCCAGGGGUUCUAUACAAGGUUGAGGAAGAGCUGAUGUACACGAUGAACAUCAUCUUGUGC